CUACGCGAUGGCCUGUCUGGAACUCGACGACACGCCCACGAGUAUCGCACGUAGGGACGUGACAGCAUUCUUCAGCCCACAGGACUGCGUCAACUUUCUACGUUUCACGCAAUCGCAAGUGAGUUAUGCUGAUGCUGGAUCUGCUGUUGAUCCCCGUGUUCAUCCGAACUGACUGUGGGUUCGUGGUAAGCGGACGUGAUGCUCUGUGCGUGCUCCUGUAUCGGCUCGCUUUCCCAUGCCGCCUGAAGGACAUGCGCUUGGUUUUCGGGAUGAGCGAAUCGUGUAUCUGCGAAGCCUUCAACUGGAUGUUGCAUU